AUGUCGACCGACAACGCCCGCCGCCUAGCAUUCUUCUCUCACCCACGCACCGCCUCGAACCUCAUCCUCAAAAUCCUGAACAUAACCUCUCAGCCCGACAUACUCCAACACCCCGACCUACCCGACUAUGGCCACAGUUUCAGUCCCGCCAUCAAGCUGAAAUUCGAUGGCGAGCGCGUUCGAAAGCCCGGCGAAUGGACAGAAGAAGAACGAACAGCAACGAUCGAUCAUUACGGAAAAGGUCUUGCUACUGUCACCGAAUACGCCGCUUUAGCCGAACGCCAGGGCAAGACAGCGUUCUUCCGCGAACACAGCAUAUCAAUAUCCGAUCCCGUUGCGCAGUACUGCUUCUAUUCUGGUACCAGUUUCGGAAGCGAAGAUGCGUGGUCCGUUCCCUCCGCACACUCGACGUAUAAUGGGACCCUGCUUCCCGACGACUUUCUUCGGCAAUGGUAUCCCAUUUUCGUGAUCCGUCAUCCAGCAUCAGCAUUCUCAUCUUAUUACCGCGUGCUCAAAGCCUCAGACUCAAGCCCAGAGAAGGUACUGCAACAAGCCACCAUGGUAAACACCUACCACUGGACACGUACCCUAUACGAUCUCUACAAACAUACCUUCGGUAUCACCGGAAUCAUCCUCGAUGCAGACGAUGUCGUCGCGAAUCCCCAGAUGCUUAUUAGCGUCAGCAAACGUGCUGGCUUGGACCCGCAGAAGCUUAAGUUUACCUGGAAUGCGACGUCGAGUAAGGCGGAGAUUGCGGCGAAGACGACACAUGAUCCACAGCAUUUGGAGUUUAUGGAAACGCUGGAUAGGUCGACGGGGGUUAUUAGGGGAGAUCUGAGGAGCAAGAUCGAUGUGGGGAUUAUGGGGGGGAAGUGGAGGGAAGAGUUUGGGGAGGUGGAGGGGAGGAGGCUUGAGGGGUGGGUUGUGGCGGCUAUGGAUGAUUAUAGAUAUUUGGAACAGGAGAAGUUUAGUGAGUGA